CACAACCGGAUCUUUAAUCGCUAUUCAUCCCACUCUUCAAGUUCAAACUCUCCUCGGAUUGAUAACGUUUCUUACUCUCUCAACCCCUCUACCCUUCUCCAUACUCUCUACUACCUGCAUAAGUUCUUCCUGGCUCUUCAACCACUGUUGAUCAUGGCCCCGACCGAAGUCUCCGAUGUCUCGCAAACUCACCCUUAUACCUGCAAUUCUUGCGCGGUCGCUUUCCGAAACAGCGAUGCCCAACGGACACACAUGAGAAGUGACUGGCACAGAUACAAUCUCAAGAGACGGUUGGCAGAACUACCGGCCGUAUCAUCGGAAGACUACAACGAGAAAGUCCUAGCCGCUCAGGCGAGCACUACCGCCGCGGCCGCGCAAGCAUCCUUUGCGAAGGCAUGCACGACCUGCCAGAAAACCUACUACAGCGAAAAUGCAUACCAAAAUCACUUGGCCAGCAAAUCACACAGAAUGAAAGAAUUGUCGGUUGGUGGCAAGGCAUCAAGGACCGAAACAAACACGACAACCGACUCCGAACAUCUAGACCCAGAGGCAGAAGCCGAGUUUGAAAAGGUGGUGGCGGGCAUGAAAGAUACAUCCAUCCAAGAAGUCCCUCCUGUAACACGACGGCCAUCCGCACCACCACCAGAUGCCGAGCCUCGAGAAGACCACCCCAUGUCACCCGAAAAGCCUACCGCAUCCUCGAUACCCCUGACCAAAUGCUUGUUCUGCAACUACGAUUCUCCCACCUUUAAACUCGGCGUAAUGCACAUGAUGAAGAUUCACAGCCUGUUCGUUCCGGAGAAGAGCUAUCUCGUCGAUGCUGAGGGUCUGGUCAAAUACAUGCAAGCCAAGAUCUACGAGAACUAUGAGUGUUUAUACUGCCACCACCUCGGGAGGACCGCGGAGGGCAUUCAGUCUCACAUGCGUGACAAAGGCCAUUGCAAGAUUGCAUUCGAGGCCGAAGAAGAAAUGAUCGAGGUGGGCCAGUUCUACGACUUUUCAAGCACAUACUCGGACGCUGGGGAUGAUUCUGAUACGGAGAUGAACGCUCCGAGAUCAGGACGGAACGGAGGAGUCAAGAUUGAAAACGGAGAAGAUGACGGAUGGGAGACUGAUUCCUCAUUUUCAUCUCUCGACACCGAAGAUCUUGCUUCCGUACCAAACGACGACCGUACAGGAUCUUACCAGCGUCUACCUUUGCACCGACACCACUCGAACCUGGUCGACCCUAGACCGCACAGAAAUGCUGAUGGUUUUCACUCGCAUGCUCACAAUCACGCCAAUGCAGUCUUCUAUGAUGAACACGAAAUGCACCUUCCUAGUGGGCGGGUUGCUGGUCAUAGGAACUUGCGAAAGUACUACAAACAGAAUCUGCAUUCAUAUCCUACGGCUGCGGAACGGAUGGAACGAGCGCAGAGAUUGAUCGAAGAGGGUUCCGAUGCGGAGAUGGAAGACGCCGGAGUUACUCCGCCCACUCCUCCUCGAAACAGUCUUAUGAGACGCGGCGAAGCCGGCAUGAUAGGUACUACGAGUCAACAGAGAAAGGACGUGCGAUCACAAGAGAUUCGAAGCAGACAGAAGGAGCAACGCACACAAAGUCGGUACCAGGCAAAGCUGGAGAAGCAAAACAAUUCCCAGAAACACUUCAGGGAUCCCUUGCUUCAGUGAUUGUCUGGUUUGGUUAUCGAGCCUUUUUGUCCUUCGGCCUACGUGGCAUUUUCGGCCGGUGUUCGAGAGGAUCAUGUGCUUUUGUCUUCGCGGCAUAGCGUGCAUUAUAUGGACAUGGACAUGGUUAGAGAAAAGGGGGGCUACAGAUAGAUGCCUGCAUCGAUCCACAAUGGGCCAUCUAUGGUGGGCGAUCGACCUGGUUGAUAGAAGUACUGCUGCCAGUACUCAAUGUGCAUGAGUCGAGUCAAGCCAGCUGGUCUAUAUGGUUAUUCCCCGUCCUGGAUGCUUUCAUCGAGGACACCGCUUUCUCUUUAUUUUCCAAUCUUUUAUAGGACCCGUGAUUCUGUGAUUAAGAGUGUGAAAAGCGAGAGUCUGACCUGCGAACCUCACGGCAUGGGGAUACGGCGAAGCAAGUGCUCUGUAGAUGUAGUCUUGGCUUUUCAUCUCCAAUUCAACCUCCAAUCGACAAUUCCGAGCUUCAACGCGAC